AACAGCAUUAUAUGUUCAUGUCAUGCGGAUUAUAGCCGAAAAUAACUGAUGUUCUGGGCUUCUGUCCACGUUUACUGUGUUGUAGUGUUGUUUUCAGGCGUGGUUGUUUGGGCACGAGGCGCGUCAGCGUGGCAUAGUGCAGGUAGGCGUGGAGAGUCGCGCGCCUGCACUCGAAAUCCGGAACGGCCGUUUGAUGGAAAGUAACUACUACAUGAAAGCGGACACAAGUUUUCAGACUGAAGAAGACAGUGACAAAUUCUCGUCAGAAAGCAACACUUUGACAACAAGGAUAGCGGUCACUGUUUGAGGGUGUUUCCUCCAUCUUUCCAACUUGCCUCCGAGUGACCUUGUCAUCGAAUGCCAUACGCGAAACUUCAUGACCACUAAAAAAGACCCCUGUGUCUCAUCUUCUAUGGAGCCCGACCAGGAGAUCUCUCUGUGGCUAACCGAUCUGCAUCUGCCCCAGUAUGCCACCAGCUUCACCCGGGCUGGCUACCAUUACCUAAAAGACCUCAGGAACCUAAAUGAGGAGAAGCUUAUGGAGAUGGACAAUAUCCCCACAGGACACCGGCGGAGGAUCCUAAGCAGCCUAGAGACUCUAAUGAUGGAGGUAGAGGGAAGUUCUGUCAAAGUACCUGUGAGAAGAAAGCCAAUCCCAAGGCCUAGGCAAGUGUUUUCCAAGGAUAAGCAGAAGGAAGCAUCCGCUUAUCAGCAUCUGCAGGGCAGUAACGUCCAGAUGACAAGGCAGACUUUUCCUGCAAGGACUACUGCUAAUUCAGGGAUGAUGAAUGUUGGUUCUCAAACACUUCCCAGGAUCAAAUGUCACGCUGUUUCCUCAGGUUCAAGCUCCGGCUCUGAUAAUGGCAGCAGUGAAUCACUGGAGAACUUCACACAAGAUCAUGUUACAAGUAAAAGUGGUGGUUUACCUGCAGAAGGAGCUUCUUUAGGGUUUCAGGGAGAAAUGGUUGAAAAUGAAAUCUACGAGGAGUGCCUGUUCGCUACGGUCCCCUCUGAGCCGAGGUCCACCCGCUCCUAUAAGCUACGACACAGGCCUGUACCAGAGAUCCCUGAACAUCCCUUCAUACCUCCUUAUGACCGGAAUGUUGCUGGAAACAACAACACUGACCACCUCACAAGAUCUGAGGGACUGAUCUUACCCCCAAGCCAUCAGAAAGCAUCACUGGAAAAGACCUUGUCCCCCAUUUCCCCAUAUGGAGAGCUUUUUCUCUUCAAUUCAGCAGAAAAUGUACCGGAUUUGGGCAAAGAUGUAAUGUCCAAUCAGGUAAAAGAGACCCUGGAACAACAGAAGCUGAGACACAAGCAGACACAAGCCAAAGAAAAAGUGCACAAUAACAACAAGCAAGUCCUUUCCAAGCAACACAUUGAUGAUGAUAAUAAUGAUGAUGAAGAUGAUUAUGAUGAUUACUCCACUGUCCAAGCAUCCACAUGUUGUCAGCAAAUUACUGAUGAUCAUCCCACACCUCCUACUCUUGUCUCGAGCACUGGACCCUCAGCUGUGUCAGCCCAGUCACAAGCAGAUGUAAAAGACAUAUACAGUUUAGCACACGAUGACCAACCAGGCCUACUGAAACCCAGCAUUCCUCCUCGAACUGACCUGUCCAUUUCUCCAUACGCCUGCUUCUAUGGGAUCUGCAAGACUGCAACCAAAGCCGGCUGGCUGGACAAACUCUCCCCUCAAGGGAACUGCGUCUUUCAGAGGAGAUGGGUGAAGCUUGAAGGAGGAAAUCUCACCUACUACAACAGCGAUAAGGAGAUGUACUCAAAGGGCCUGAUACCUGUUUCAGCAGUUAAACAAAUCCGUGGUUUGGGUGAGAAUAAGUUUGAGGUGGUCACUUCUGUAAGAACCUUUGUGUUUCGGGCAGAGAAAGAAGGAGAUCGUCAGGAUUGGCUUGAGGUUCUCCAGACUGCAGUGAGCUCUCAGUCCUCCGUUUCCCAUCAGCCUCGCAAAAAUAACACAAACAAGAGUGGCUACGUGGAGCUGCGCGGCCUCAAAGGAAGAGUGUACCUGAGCCUCACGGGAACCUGCUUCAGACUGUGUAAAACAGACCAGGACUUUAAUGCCGGACUGGCCAUCACUGUGGUGGAUCUGACGGCUGCAUGUGUGAAGCAGUUUGAGAGGAAAGGAUUGGAGAUCACUACACCCUUCAAGUCCUUCUGUUUUACAGUGGAGUCGGAGCGUGAGAGAGAUGAAUGGGUCGAAGCCGUUCAGGAGUCCAUCGUAGAGACGUUGUGCAAUUACGAGGUGCUGGAGAAAGUUUGGUUCAACAAGUCCAACAGGAAGUGUGCCGAUUGUCAGGCGCCUGAGCCGGAAUGGGCCUCCAUCAACCUCUGUGUGGUCAUCUGCAAGAACUGUGCUGGUCAGCAUAGGUUCCUGGGUCCGGGUAUCUCAAAGGUCCGCAGUAUGAAACUGGACAGCAGCAUAUGGACCAAUGAGCUCAUCGAGCUGUUUUUAGAAGUUGGGAAUAAGAAUUCCAACAGCCUCUGGGUAGCAAAUCUUCCCCCAGAGGAUGAGCUUUGCAAGCAGUCGUCAACAGAGCAGCGGGCAUCCUUUAUUCGCAGGAAGUACAAGAAGAGAAAAUACAAGAAAGUUCUGGACGGUCUACACACUCAGGAGGAACUCAACAAGGCUCUGUGUGCUGCAGUGGUUCUUCCUGAUGUCCUGCAGACCAUGGCUCUUGUUUUUAGUGGGGCGGAUGUGAUGUGUGCGACUGGCGACCCUGAGCUUUCCACACCAUAUCUACUGGCUCAGAAAGCAGGCCAGAGGCUGCAGAUGGAGUUUCUCUACCACAACAAGCUCUCAGAUUUUCCUAAGCUGGAAGCAGUAUGUGACAGCAGUUUUGUGGCUGAUGUUCCUUCUUUUAUGGAUGGAUUUCUGUACUGUUCUGCGAAUGCUGGCAAGGCCACUUUGGACCGGAAAGGAAAACCCGAUAUGGUUCGCCGUUGGUGUACAUUGGAAGGUGGAUUUCUUAGUUACUAUGACAACGAGAAGAUCGCCACACCCACUGGCCGGGUUGACAUUAGUGACGUGGUGAGCCUGGCUAUCAACAACAACCAGACCAUCACCGAAACGGGGCCGGUGUUCACCUUUGAGUUGUACCUGCGCUCUCAAAGAGUGCUGGUGUUUGGAGUGGAGACCUCGGACACACACCAAGAUUGGACGAACGCCAUAGCCAAGAGUUUUGUCCCUCCAAGGGCAGAUGCUCUGCUAAGGCAGGACAGUGAGCUGAUUGGCCGACUGUACUAUAAAGAGGGUCAUGAUCUUUAUCACUGGCGAAUCGGAUGGUUUGCUCUGGUGGGCUCAGAGCUGUACUUCUGUUCUGGAGAUGAAGAUGAAGAGGAGGGAGUUCUUCAACUCAAACGCCUACAGGAGCUGACUGUGUCCACUCAUAUUGAGGGUGACGAGAAUAUUAAGGUCUUACUUAUGGUGGAGAGUGGAAGAACUCUGUAUAUCCACUGCAUAACCAAGCAGGACUUUGCACUGUGGCACUCCGCCAUCCAGUUGGCAGCUGGAACGGACGGUAUGGCUCUCAGCAACCAGCAAAUGAAUAAAAAUGAUGUUCCCAUCAUUGUGGAUAGCUGCAUUGCAUUUGUCACCCAAUAUGGCUUGUGUUAUGAGGAAAUCUACCAGAAGAAGGGAGACCCAGGACGAGUGGCCCACCUCCUCCAGGAAUUCACCAAAGACGCUCGAGUUGUUAAACUUCGGGCUCAAGAUCAGCGACUGGAGGACGUCACAGACACACUCAAGAGUUUCUUAUCCCACAGCGAAGAUGCCCUGCUGGCUAAAGAACUCUACCCCUUUUGGAUCUCUGCCCUUGAUGAACAGGAUGAGAAGGUCAGAGUGCAAAAAUAUUCCUCCUACAUUCAGAGUUUGCCCAAGGUCAACAGAUCAACACUCGGUGCCCUGCUGCAGCAUUUGUACAGAAUCCAGAGGUGCUCACACAUCAACCAGAUGAGCUCACAGAGGCUGGCGUGUGUUUUCUCCCCAUGCCUCUUUCAGACGGAGGGACACACGGCUCAGGAGACUCGAGUGGUGGAAGACCUCAUCAACAAUUACAUCCAGCUCUUUUCUGUCAAUGAAGAGCAGGUUAGGCAAAUGGAGAAAGAAAACAGCUUUAUCACCAGGUGGAAGGACACCACAUUCUCUCCGGCUGGUGACCUAAUAUUUGAAGCCUACCUGGAGAAAAAGGAGCCAGAGAAGUGCUGUUUAAUCAAGAUCUCUCCGAAUAUGAGGUCAGAUGAGCUUGCCGUCAGCACUCUGGAGAUGAAGGGCAUGGAGGUCAAAGCUCAAGAUCUCUGGACCACCUUUGAGGUCAUUGAAAAUGGAGAAAUGGAGCGGCCCUUACACUACAAAGAGAAGGUUCUGGAGCAGGUUUUGGAGUGGAGAUCUCUGGAGGAUCCUAGUUCGGCCUUCCUGCUCAUUAAAAAAUAUUCUGGGUGUAAAAUGACAGAUUCCAACUCAGAUAAACUGAAGGAUUUCAUUAAAGGAGAGCAUCUCAAAUUCAAAGACGGUUCCUCCAAACUGCUAUUGGGGAAUAAGUUUCAGGACCGCUACUUGGUACUACAAGACAAAAAACUGCUGCUGUACAAAGACAUAAAAAGCACCAAGCCAGAAAGAGAAGCUCCAUUAAAGUCUGUAAAAUGUUACUUUGGGCUUCGAAGGAAGUUGAAACCAACAAGCAGUUGGGGAUUUACGGUUUAUACUGAAAAGCAGCAGUGGUAUUUCUGCUGUAAAGGGAAUGAUUCUCAGCAGGACUGGGUCACCUCCAUUAUCAGAAUGAAGCACGGCAGUGACUUAUGGCCUAGAGACCUAAAGCAGAGCACAUCUCUACCUUAUAACCUGAGCAGAAGGAGGACAUCCACUCCCAGCACCGCACAGUCAGGCACUAAACACCAAAGAGAGGUUAAAGGAAAGUCGGUGCUCACUACAAGUAUAGAAGAUUCAAAUACACAAAACCAAAUGGCCGCAGAUGAGGGCAUCCGACCGGACUCGCUGCAUAAAUUGGCAAGCGCUGAAGGAACUCCGGGUGUCUCCAGGCUUGAAAUGGUGAUUGAUGACACACUCCAGUCCCAGCGAAGGGCAUCACUUCAACAAGACACUGGCACUCUAACCGAGAUUUCACAGAGGAAAGCCGCCAUGCCCGGCAGAGGAGUGCAGUUGCCUCAAAACCUCAUUAAUGAGCUAAGUACUGUUCUCAACAAAACAGGACGCUCUCAGAAAGAAGCCGAUUAGGAGAGACAGAAAGACAAGAGCCUUGUCCAUUACACUUCAACGGUGCAAGAGGAAAAUCAAACUCAGACCAAACCCAAAGCAAAGCUGCCUCCAAGUAAGCAUAGUGCUAUAUGCAUUGAGGAUUUAAAAGAUCUAUUUGUAAGUAUUUUCCUGUAUUAACAGCUUUUUUUAGUGCCAAUGUAUGAAUAGAACCUUAAAACAUAGCUUUACUUGAAGGGGGUGUUCAUUAGACUGGGUGACACUUUAUUUUGACAGUCCGUUGGUUAAAUUUAAGUUAAUUUGCAACUAAUUCUCAUUAGAUUAUAAGUAGAAUGUUAGGUUGGGGUUGGGGUUAGGGUUAGUGUAAGUUGACAUGUACUUGCAAAGUUUCUAAUAGUCAGUUAAAUGUCUGUUUAAGGAGCAUAUCAAUAGAUAUUAAGCAGACAGUCUACUAAUACUCAAAUGGACCAUCAAAAUAAAGUGUUACCUUAGACUGUUCUGAAGUCUUUAUGAACAUGAAAUGACACAUCAAUAAUAUAAAUGAGAUUUGAUGCAUGCUUAUGACAGCUGCCGUUAAGUGUCAUUCUCUCAGUUAUGUCAUAAUGCAAAGGGGACAUUAUUUGAGGUGUAUUAAUUUAUGUCAAGUUGUCAUAAAGACAUCAUAACCUAUAUUUCUCUAUAUCAUGACAAUCUGACACUACCAAUACAACAUAACCUGCCAGUUUCUUUGUCAUGACAACUUGACAUCACCAGUCAACAUAGCUUGUCAUAAAUCUGUCAUAAACAUGAUUGGUAUGAGGCCAUUAUAAUUGUGGUGAAUUUUAUAACAGCAUCAUUAAUAUUUUUCUAGUAGUAAAAAAAUAAAUGUUAAUACAUGUUAAUUGCCUUGUUAUAAAUCGAUGUGUGAGUAUUGAUUCUUUUAAAUUACAAAUUCAGUUUGUUCCACUGAAAAAAGUGAUUAGACAAUUUUUCAUGAUACAAUAAUAAUGGCCUCCUGACAAUGAAGUUAUGUUGUCUUGGUAAUGUCAAGUUGUCAUAGCAAAGACAUCUCAAGCAAUAUCAUCCUUGUAUUUAAAAUGACACAACUGGUCGAAUGAUACUUAACACUAAAACUACAGACAUAAAGUGAAUAAAAGUGAAAUGUUUUGACCAUUUUUUUAAAUGUUAUAAUUUAAUAACUUAAAAUAAAAGCCACAUGUCUAUAAUAAACAGAUUUUUAAUAAAUAUGUAUAUGUUUCUUUCCUACAUUGUUAUUUUAUUAAAAUUACAAUACACAAAAAAGCUAUGAGUAUUCCCUCUGUUGCCUAGCAACUUCCUGCUGACUUUCUAAACUUUCUGAUAGCAAAAACAUAACUUUAUCUCAGAUGUGUUUUCAAAACAACAUUUUCAGUGCCAUGAAAACCUUGUGAAAAUGAAAGUGGGGCAUGGGUGUUUGCAGGCAUUUUAGUAACUUGUGCACAUGUAUAGGCUAUAUUACAAAAUAAAUUUGCAUUUGUAGGGUAAUGACUUAAUAAAAUUUGAUAACAGACAUUAAAGAGCCCCUAUUAUGGGUUUUUGAAAAUGAGCAUCCAUGCGGUGUGUAACACAGCACUAAGUGAAGGGAAAUAUCCAGCUAAGGCUUAAAUCUGAAAGUGUGCUGGGUUUAAAACUAAAAUCUAUAAAACAUUCCACUCAGAGUGGGUUAAAUUAAUAGUCUGGGUAACAAGUCUUUAGCUGUGUCGACGUGACGUUGAUAUGGAACUCAAGCCCUACCCAUUUGUUGCGCGCACAAACCUGGGAGAAUUUAAACUCCCGGCCCCGCCCACAAACACUGUAGAAAGGAAAAGAGGAAGACAAACACUGUAGCAGAUAUAUGAUAUAUUAGGGAAGCCGAAGCAAAGGGAGUGAGUGACUGUCACGUCUGGCGUAAAGCAGGAAAUAAUAAAAGGUGCGGAUCCAGAUGCAGCCAAACAAACAUUUAUUUAAACAAACAAAAACAAAGCAAAGCAAAGCAACAAGAGAAACGCAGACGUCAUGGGAGUGACCAAAAACUAAUGACAACAAAGUGCAAAACAGGGUAUAAAUACACAAGGAAACAAUUAACUAAACAAGCUGACAAGAGGGUGGAGACAAUUAACUCAAAGCCUAACAAGUUUAGGGGUAAACUAAGGUGAGCAGGAAGUGACAUGAACACAGAACUGAAACAUACAAAAACAGAAACCAGGAUGUUACAGUGACAUUAAAAGCAUAAUUUUAAUAUUUUAAUGGAAGCUGUCAAUGUUAAUUUAAUGUGACAAUAUGACGUCUAUUAAAUUGACUGCUAUGGUAAUUCUAGUAGUUCUAGAAUUCUGGUAGUUCCAGUGUUAACGAAAGUUGUCAUUAGCAUGCAUAAAAUCCCCUUCAUAUCCAUGUGUCAUGUCAUGAUUAUACAGGGGUGAUGUCAGUCAUAUGAACACCACCUUCAAGUAAAGUGUGUCAUUAAAAAACCCUACAGUUCUCCUUAUGUUUUCCAUGAAGACAUGUAGAUUGUUGUUUGUUUGUUUUUUGUUGAAAAUCUAAACAUGAUGUUUCCUGAAAAACCUUUUAUGGUUUGAAAUGCAAUAUGUGACGUAAAAAAAGGGAUUUAUUCAAACUUUCAAAUUAGUAGUUCUGUAUAGUAUAUAAUCUCACAUAUACUUCUUUAGUAUAAUAAAACUCAUAACAGUGUAACUUUAAUUACCUCAUUUGUCAACAUGAUGCAGUGCAAACACAUUCGUAUCACCGUAAGCAGAUGACUGCCGUCAUUUUUUUGUUUAUUUUGUCUGUGAGAGGAAAGUGUGGACUGUGUCAGGAUCUUUUGUUUUUACUUUAAAAGCAAAUAAUUAAAUAUUACUUCACUCUAAGGACAGUAUAUUAGUGCAUUAACACUAGACCUACAGAGGAAGUCAUUUUGACUGUUUAUUGAAUUUUGUCAUUUAAUAAGUUGGUUAAAAUAAAAUGUAAAUAACUAUAGUACCUUGACUUUUCCUAAAUGUGUGUACUGUAUAUUUCAUUCGAACAUUGUUAUUUUACUUAAAUUACAAAACACAAUAGCAUAUGUAUGCCUUGAAUUGUCAUAAUGGUUAAAUUAACUCCAUGCAUUUCAGCGCCUGAUACUUUUUCCUGUGCUUUUGAAUAUUUGUGCCUCUGUUGACUAGCAACUUUCUGCGACAAAGGCGGUCUCAUUUAAAAAAAAUGAGUAGGCUCCUUCAAAUGCAGCCUUAAAAUGUGACAUUCAUUUCCUAGGAAAUGAAGGACACAACCGGUGGAUCCUUUCCAGCUUUGAACAUCCCAAGAUCCAUUGCGCACUGAUAAUGGCAGGACAUUUUUAAUAGAAAACUCCGGAUUAAAUGUAUGAAUUAGGUUUAUUUUACCUGGCUAUUUAAGCACUUGUUAAUAAAACAAAAAGAGUAUGAUGUGUCUUACUAAAAAAUUAUCUUAUAGACAGUUUACAUUACUAUGUGGACAUGGAUGAAUCAAAGGAAAUAUACAGUACUUCUAGCUUUUGUAAAUCUUGCUGUGCCUUCAGAUCGCUUAAAAUUAUUUUUAAAAUCACUUAGAAAAAAAUGUCAUUACAAAUUUGUAUUACCGCUUAUUAACGGCAGCUGUUACGGUUGCGAGGUGACAAGAUCUGUCCAAAAUGCUCAGUUCAGCCUCUGAAAUGAGCCACAGCUAUAGUUUUACUUCAUGUUUUUUAAACUAUUCAAAAACUACAUUUUCACUUUUGACAUUUUCGCACCUUCAAGGCUAGUUUUGUAACUUGUACAUAAAUAUAAUCUGUUACAAAAUAAAAAUAUUUUUACAGUCUAUGAGAGCACCACGUCACUCACUCUAGCAAUGUUUAGUAUUAACAUUUUACACUCGAGUUAAAUUGAUUGAAUUUGCACAAAAAGGCACAGUUGAGGUGAAUUCCAUGUCUUCGCAACAAACCUGUCGCACAUUUCCCAUCCCCACCGCACAGCGAAAAUGUUCCUGUAUUCACACGUUUGCUUUGACUUUGUAUGCAAUCUUCUUACUCAAUACUUUUAAGGGUCCAAAUAAAACUCAUCUGUUUAAAUGGACUAAACUCAUAACCACUGAUUUAAUAGUCACUUAAUUAUCACUGAAUACCCUGGCAGUGGCAAAUAGCUUUAGUUUUAGAUUUAAUUUGAUUGCAUUAAUGU